AUGAAUUUCUCGGAAGUAUUAAAGAAAAUUCCCACACCGCAAGUAUCCAUGCCUCAGAUGCCCAGUAUCCCGAAGUUUAAUGCUGCCAGUGGUCACGAGGAGUUGGGAAAACCGCCGAUCAAUAUGACUCAGUGUCACCGUAUCAACGGCUGGUACACCAAGUCAGAUGCCGGCUUAUUGGAUAACGAAGCUAAAUCAGAGAAUUUGAGACAAACUAUCAGUUUGUGGUCUGAAAUGUUAUUUUAA